AUGCAGGAGCCCCCUCGUACUGGAGUAGGAUCAGCGACGAACAACAUGAGUGAUAUGGUAGUUCUUCCAUAUCUAGAGCCAUCAGAACCAUUUCCAGCUGGUACCAAUGAUGCGCUUGUUACCAGCCAUGUAACAGGAAGAUCACUGGUUUCUUUAUCUCCCGAACCAUCAGAAUCAUUGGUCCCGAAUUAUACGACCCAAGAGUUUAAUAGUGAAUCUAUAAUAGAACAUAUUGGUAUCUCAUUUAUUGACUCCACCACUGCUGAUGAACAAUUUGAAAAUUUAUUGGAUUUUCCUUUGCAUUCAGACAAAAUAACGGCGUCUCAAUUUGAAAAACAAGAUACAAUUGAAUAUCUUGAACCUAUCAAAGAUAUAAUCAAUGAUAGUGAAAAUAUUCCAUCAAACCAUUUACCAGAACAAGUGUCUGUAAUGUUGAAAACAGAAUGUUCCAUAAAUGGUCAAGUUCAAGCCACCGUCAUGCCUGCAAAUCGAGUUAAAAAUUUUGGAACCUGA